AUGGCACUGGCGCAAAUCAAUUGGUUAUUGAGCUACAUACCGGAAGUAGCAUUACCAAGAGCGAAAUCACCUGUUCUCUCAACUCCCGGCGCUCCUAUCAGAUCCUCUGUCACGGAAGGAAUGUAUCAAGUUGUUAGGCUAGCAGGACUAUCCGGAGCUGUCGCCGUUGCAGUUGGAGCGUAUGGAGCACACGUAAUUCGCGAUGACGAGUCAAUGGACGUAAGGCGCAAAAAAGCAUUCGAAACAGGAUCGAGAUAUCAUCUUAUUCAUACCCUAGCAUUGUUAGCUGCUCCACGAGCCCGUUAUCCUUUGGUAACAAGCUUAGUUUUCUUCAGCGGAAUGGUCAUGUUCUGUGGACCGUGUUAUCACUACAGCCUCACUGGCAAGGAAUUCACUCGACGAUUCACUCCAAUUGGAGGAGUUUUGUUUAUACUGGGUUGGCUGACGUUCAUGUUUUGA